AUGCCCAUCAUCCAUCGGCUGCUGGACCAUGUCAAGGAUGACGAGGACCUUGACAAGGUGCGGGAGGAGGUGAUGAAUUGCUGCGCUACCAUGGGGGUGGUGGCUGCCCUGCUGCUCACCAUGGAGAAAACCUCUGUGAAUGUCGACAAGCUCGACUUGGAACACGAUUGGUUGGACUGCAGCGUCGACGGGUUUCCCUGCCAGAACGUCCACAUCGCCUUGAGCUGGCUCUCUCUGGCGUGCUGCGCGCACGCGGUGCUAUGCACGACCUGUGUGUAUGUGUGGCUGUGCAUGAUCCCAAAGCAGGCCACGCGAGAUUUCUUCUUCACCUUCCCCCUCUUCAUGCACACACCCUCCAUGACCAUGAUGGGGGGCACGUUCUUUUGGGCAGCAGACUUCUUCUUCCUGAUGGUGGUCCGCAACGGAACAGGCGCGCUGCUUUGGCUGGGCCUCCCGGCGCUCGCCUUGGGUGGGCACAUUCUGUACGUGUUCCUUCGCAUGCGUUACUUCUGUUGGAACUGGCCAGACUGUGGCUACCGGCAAAUAGCCCCGGAUGCCCACCACCGUCCAGGAAACGCCAACGGCGCAGCUAAAAUAAUGCAAUAA